AUGAACGUUCUUCCGAACCUCAAAGCUGCGGCUGUGUUGGCACUUAUCUCAAGCCAAUGCCGACUGUCUGUUGCUACACCUGUAACUGCCAGAUUUGCGGCACGCAAUGCGACGGAUCUCCAGAGCUCCUAUGAUUAUAUCAUUGUCGGCGGAGGUUUGAGUGGCUUGGUCGUGGCAAACCGUCUGACUGAAGAUUUCGAAACCACCGUCUUGGUUGUGGAAUAUGGUGAUUUCGAUGAUUCGUGGGAUGUGGCUAUUGCUUACUACUCCGCCAAUACCCACCCCAAUGACAUGAUUCGCUUUACGUCUAUGCCGCAACCUGGGCUCAACAACAGAAUCUCCAGCGUCGCGACCGGUACGGCUGUCGGAGGUGGAACUACCGUCAACGGCAUGGCUUUUGGUCGUGGAUCCAAGGCCGAUUACGAUGCGUGGGAGGAGCUGGGGAAUCCAGUUUGGAAUUGGGAAAGUCUGUUCCACUACUUCAAGAAGUCAACUACAUUUACCCUCCCUGCACCGGAAUACGUCCAGAAAUAUAAUUACAGCUACGAUGAGAGUACAUAUCGCAACGGACCCGUUCAAGUCGGCUUCCCUUCAUGGCAAUGGCCUGACAGAGAUAUGCAGAAGGAGGCAUGGAUUAAGGACCUUGGGGUCUCUGUGCUCGAUGAUCAUGGUGCUGGCGGUAACAACGUCGGCUUGGCGCUGUUGCCCCAGAACCACGACCCUAAAAAUGUUACCCGUUCUACAUCGAGAACCGCGUACUACGAUCCCGUUGCAGCGUCGAACAUUGAGUUCGAGAACAAGAAAGCCGUCGGCGUCAACAUCAUCUCUCGCGAUACCAAUGCCACGACCCUGUUCAAGGCAAACAAGGAGGUCAUCCUCGCCGCCGGAGGCGUACAAACGCCAAGGAUUCUUCUCCAAAGUGGUGUCGGGCCGGAGUCGCUUCUCGAGUCUCUGGACAUCGACGUAGUUGCAGAUCUCUCCGGGGUCGGCGCCAGUUAUCAGGAUCACCCUUGGUUGUUAUUUUCUUACAAAUUCGGCAACCCCCCUGAGCUCGGCGAUCGGGCCAUGAACGAUCCUGCUUUCUUUAACGCAUCAGAGGCCGAGUACUUUGCCAAUCGAACCGGCCCGUUCACCCAUGCUCGUGGCAACAACAUUGUUUUCAUGUCACUCCACGACAUCACGCCUGAGUACGAGAGCUUGACGGCUGCUGCAGAGGCCCAGGACGCAAAGGAAUUCCUACCCGAGGUCUACUCUGAGCACUCUGAACUACUUGAUGGAUUUCUCGCCCAGCGCAAAACGCUUGCUAAGCUCUACCGUAAUCCCGAGGCAGGCGUUCUGGAGAUUUCGUUCGGAGGCUUUUCGGCUGGCGCCCUUUCCUUCCAAAAGUCUCUAUCCCGUGGGACUGUUGCAAUCAACACAACCAACCCUGACCCGGCUGUGCCUCCAGUCAUCGACUUUGGCGUGCUUCAAAACCCCAUCGACCUGGACGUUGCCAUACUCAGCGUCAAGACGUUCCGCAAGUUUUGGAAUAGCCCUACCCUUGCCGUACGCGAGGCGGUUGAAGUUGUACCUGAGAACAACAUUACUUCGGUAGAGGCUAUUUCAGAAGCCAUUCGAAACUCUCUAUAUGCUAGCCUUGCACACCCUAGCGGGACGGCGAGCAUGCAGCCGCUGGAGCAUGGCGGUGUCGUCGACCCCAGCCUUCGCGUCUACGGGGUCGAGGGCCUGAGAAUUGUCGACUCCAGUAUCAUUCCUUUGAUUCCGGCGUGUCAUUUGCAAUCAACUAUGUACGCUGUUGCAGAGAAGGCUGCAGAUAUUCUUAAGGGCUCUUGA